AUGGCUGGCGCAGUUGACGGCCGAGACGAUUCCCAGGAGCAUCUGCGCGGUUUCAUUCAGCCGGUCCAGCGGGCCUGGAGGCCAGAAUGUGAACAAGCGGACGAGAGCCGCAAGCAGUCGCAGAACCUCAAUGCCUGCUUCGACAAGCUGACUAGUAUGAUAGCAGAGGCCGGAAGGGUUGCUGUGCCCGGGGAAACCUCGCCUGAGCAGAAAAAGAAGGUCCAGAAGUUGUACGUUAUUGAUACUGAGAAGACUACGAAGGUUAUCAAAAAGACUACGGCUAACGGAUAUUACAGACAGAGAGCCGCAAAUGAGGCGAGGAUACGGAUGAAAAAGGAACACAGCAACAAGAAGAGCAGCAGAAAAGGCAGAUCAGACGAGUGA